AUGAUGGCCGAACUCCUCGCCACCCUGGCGGGCCACCCUUCCUCGCUCUUCUCGUCGUCGUCGUCGUCGUUGUCGUCGUCGGCGCCAACAGCGGCCUCCCCAUCGGCCUCGCCCUCUUACCACACCGCCACCACCCUCCGCGUCCGCGACGACAUACCCCACCUCCACCCCGCAGAGGUACACAUCCUCAACGCGCUCGCAUCCUACAGCUCGCGAUACGUGCGCAUCAGGGCCUUUGCCCAUGCAGAGCUCGACCAUGCACGCAGGCGCGCCAUCCGCUCCGCCAUCCGCGCAAACUCGCUCUCGUCCAGCCCCUCGAGAUCUCGCAGCGCAGACCCGAACGCUUCGCAGGCCCAGCAAACUGCCGCCACCACCACCGCGCACAUCGUCCCGCUCUGCUCGACCCUCCUCGCGCUCCUGGCCGACUACCACCAGCUCGUGCUCACCAUCGAGCGCGACAUCCUCUCAAAUGACCCGGACCUCGUCGCCGAAAAGGGCUUUGUCAGUCUGGCAAACAUACGCGCACGCAUGCAGCCGUGGGACGCCCCGCUCUCGGCGCUCGACGACCUCGUCAACGCACUCGUCCGAGGUCCACACGGGACAGACCGCCCCGCCCCCGAGUCUACCGACGUCGAGGCCGCCGACGCUGGACGAUCGCUGCCACCGCCCUCGUCCGCCCCGGCACCGGCCCUGCGCGCCUCGUCCGCGUGGACGGGCGGCCAACUCAUCGACCUGCUCGUUCACCGCGCCUCGACCGGAGUCGAACGCGUCGCCCAGUGUAUGACGGCCUUGCGCGAUGCAGUCGAGGAGAGCUGGACCGCCGGCCUGGUCGCCUGGGUCUGCUACGGCCAAGCCAACCCGGAUGGCGAUGUGGCCGCCAUAGCCGCGUCGUCGAGGUCCCAUGGGCGCGGGCCACCAACCAAGGAUCAGCUAGUGGAAUGGUCCGACACGUCUGCCAGCAUGCAGACUGGCGGCGCAGACGGCGGCGCCCAAGGCUCGCUCGGCGGGCGAGACACCGCCGCGACCACGACGCCGGCGACCGAGGACUGGGCGUUGACGACGAGUACCUGGCGAUUCCGGCCACACGCGCUGCCCAGCUCCAUCUCGGAAGCCACAGCCGAUUCGAUUCUCUACGUCGGCAGGGCCCUCAACACUGUGCGGUCCUCGACGGCAGCAGUCUCGCGCGGCAGCAGCUCUCAGCCAGGGACCGGCGGCUCGAUGCUGCCUCCCGAAUCCAUGACGGCGCAGCACGUCGCGCUGCUGCAGCGGCGGCAGAACCGGCCAUCGCACCCCGCCGCGCUAGACCGCGCCGUCCAGGAGAUCCGCAGCGACAUUAGCGAGUGGCUAUUCCGCAACGUCCUCACCACCGAGCUCGUCCUCGAUUCCCUCGAGACGCUCGGCAACUACUUUCUCCAGCGGGAGGGCACCUUCACCCUCUCCCUCCUCGCCGAGAUUGAGGCGAUGCGGAGGAACAAGCUUCUGCACACGCGGUCCGCCGCCGCCGGCGCCAUCCGCGCCAGCGAUCUGGAGCUCGCGCUCCACCGCGCCAGCGUCGGCACGGGCGCGGAAGACGACCCUUCGCUCGAGAAGCUGCGCUUUGUCCUGCCUGGAGGCCAGUUCCGCUCUGCAGGCGCGGCGCAGUCUUCUUCGUCGUCGUCGCAUCGCCCCGAUCCGCGCUCCAGGCAGGCGCCGGCUCGGUUCGACGACCUUAUCAUCGGCGUGCCGGCCCAGCUGCACUUGACCCCCACCUUUCCGCUCGACCUCUUCCUCUCGCCGGCCGACCUGGCGGCCUACUCUCGCCUAUUUGCCUACCUCUUCGCGCUCAAGCGGGUCCAGUCGCGCGUGCUGGGCUGCUGGACGAGCCUGAGCAAGAGCCAGCGCAUCCGCCGGCGCUUCACGGGCACGGGCGAGGGCGGCGUCGACCGGGGCGAGGAGCGCCGGCGCACCGAGCUGCUGCGCCGCAGCUGGGGGCUGACGCGCAACAUGCUCUGGUUCCUCGACACGCUGCUGGGCCAUUUCCAGACCGACGUCAUCGACGUCCAGUACACUCGGCUCCUUUCGCAGCUGACGGGACGCCGAGCUGACGCGACGGCGACGGCGAUGGCAACGGGCGGGGCGGCCUCGGCUUCGACGCCCGGGCUCCACAAGAGCGGCAGCCGGGGAUCACUGCGCAGAGGAGCGUCGAGCGCCAGAGACCGCAAGGACUCGAGCAGGUCGGCCUCGUCGCUCACGCAUGCCACCGACGCCGGCGAGGCGGCAGGCUCGGGCAGCGCGACGCCGCACGCUGCACCACCGACGACGUACGCCGGCUCGACGUUGGGCCACCAGACGCCACGGGCAUCGCUGCGCGGCUUCCCGCCAGGUGCGCUCGGGACCGCCGUGGGCGGCAACAGGCGGAUCCCCUUUCCCGGCUCGACGUACGGUGGCGGAGGCGCCGGCGGCGAUGGCAGCGGCAGCGUUGCGCCAUCGCACUACCGGCCGCAUCUUCGGAGCGGGCCCGGGCCCGGUCUUUCGGCCGUCGCGCCUGCCACGCUACGGUCCUACCGCACCCUGGGCCACGACGGCGGCGCAGACGAGGUCGCCACGCUCGACUUUACCUCUCUGCGGCUGACGCACUCCUACUUUCUCACCUUUCUGCAGGACGGCCUGCUGCUGUCGUCGCCGACGGCGUCGAACCUGAUCCGAUCCAUCCUCGAGACGUGCGAGCGGUUUGUCGGGCUGGUCGAGCGGUGGGGCGGCGACGUGCUGCCUUCGCUCCUCUCCGAGGGCGGCCUGAGUGCGGCGACGGCGACCAACAUGCAGAACAUUGUCGCCAUGCGCCGCAAGGACGUCGAGGAGAUCGAGGCGACGCUGCAAGGCCGGCUGCGCGACUUUUUCAACCUGCUCAACAAUGCCUCGUCGUCGUCAUCGGCGGGAGUUCCGGCGAAUGCCACUGCGGGAGAGGGAGAGGGAGGGGUGAAAGAUGGCAACGGUGCGUCAGCGACAGCAGCGGCAUCGACAUCGGGAGCAUCGCAGCAGCAGGCGGGAGACGAGAGCCUGAUCCGGCCUCGGAUCCUGCCGCCGUCGUUGCUGGGACGACAGCCAUCGCACCAGCCGGGCGGCCCCACGGCGGGCGGCGAGGGUGCGAAAAGGGAGAAGGCCAACAGCGGCGUCAACGAAGCGCGGAUCGAGGCCGACGGGGCGGCACGGAGGCACCUCGAGCAGCUGCUGCUGCGCCUCGACUUUAGCGGUAGCUUUUCCUCGGUCGACGCGACGGCGACGGCGACGGCGACGGCGACGGCGACGAGGAUGGGGAUCGGGAGCGUCGUGUAG